AUGAGUUAUAUCCACCCCUCAUGGAACUACCAGGGACACCAGGGGAUCCCAAUGGACCAACACAUGGCCUACGACCCUUCCAUGGUCCCCCCUCCCAUGAUGCACCCCAUUGAUGGCUACAUGUACCCGCACCCGCACCCGCCAAUGGAAAUGAUCGACUACUACCACCAACCGAUUAUGGACUACGAUGAAUACACUGAGAAUCUGUCUCGCCCACGGUUGACCAAAGAACAAGUCGAGACCCUGGAAGCUCAAUUCCAAGCUCACCCCAAGCCCAGCAGCAAUGUGAAACGUCAAUUGGCGGCUCAGACAAAUCUAAGUCUGCCUCGCGUUGCUAACUGGUUCCAGAACCGCCGCGCCAAGGCAAAGCAACAAAAGCGCCAGGAGGAGUUCGAGAAGAUGACCAAGGCCAAGGCCGAAGCUGAGGAGGCCGCUCGACGGAAGUCAGAGACCCUGGACCAGCUGUCCGAGUCCCGGAAGGGGUCCGUGAUCCGAGAGGAAUCGGAGAAGGCCGCCACUCCCAAACAGACUCCUACUUCCGCGACCAGCGGUCAUGCCAAGUCGGAUUCCACAUCUAGCCGUUCUAAGCAUCACAAAACGAAGAGUGAAUCUGCCCGAGAGGCGACGUUCGCGUCUUUGCAGAGGGCCCUCAAUGCGGCCUGUGCCGCCAGAGAUCGAUUCGGUCGCCGAAUCAACCCACGGAACAAGACCGACGCCGUGCCGGAGGAAGAUGAAGCCGUCUCGCCUGGCUCAAUGCCCCCGCCCAAGACUGCCACUUCCAACACCGACAAUGCGAAUCUCGCUCACAUCAACUCUUCGUUCCCAGGCUGGCCAGAUAUCAAGGAGGAGCCUGCCUCCUGGGGCACUGGCGUGCACGAUGAACACAUCGGUUACAGCGCCGCAGAGCAUGGCUCGUACUCCGCUCCCCACCAUCCUAUGUCGGAUAUGCCAACCUCUUCUCACGCCGCUCUGCACAACGUGGAUGCUUAUUCAAGUCACCUGCCUCCUCACGCCGAAGAGUGGUCAGAAGAUAGUUCAUCCCACGGGCAUGACCCCAGCCUUGUCUACGGCAACAUGCAAUACCCCAUGCAGAUGCAGGCGCCAGAUAUCUCGGUCACUCGUCGGGAGUCUUCAGAUGCGCUGACAACUUCCUUGAAGGGCAUCGGAAUCUGCACACCUGACCAGGCUGGCCUGUCUCAGUCCAUGAACCGCGUGGAGGGUGCCUCUUGGAAGGAGCCUGGCAAGGAGCUUGAUCUGGCCGCGCGACGCAAGCGUCCUCGCCCUGCUGCCAUCGGUACUUCUGGAACCGGGAACCGCCCAUUGGCCAACUCGACUUCGAUGUCCUCACUCUCCCCCACUGCCCGCAUGCCUAGCUCCGGAGCCGGUAACUCGAUGAGACAGUCCAAGUCAACCCAAAGCCUGAACUCCCGAUAUGCCGGAGUGAGGAAGGCUUCCGCGGCUCAGCGGUCUCCCCUCAACUUCACUUUCGCCGAGUCAGGUUCUAUCAAGAAGGCCGAGAAGAUGCUUCGCCCCUCGGUCUCGACCAACACCCUCGCUCCCCCGACUCCCCUGACUCCGCAGGAUCUCCAGCACUUCAUGCCGGGCUCUCCCACAGACAGCAACUACUGCAUGUCAGCCCACUCCACAACGCACUUCUUCCCUACCUCCCAACCCAUGCAGGUCAACAUCGCCUCACCUCCUACCACGCCUCUGGAUAUUUAUACCCCUUUCCCUUACCAGAACGUGGCCCCGCCGAUGUCGGCCCCUGCCCAGGUGUCCUCGUUCCCCGAGUAUGCCCCCUGCGACACGGUCCCUCUGACCGCGCGCAGCUGGGCUGACACCGGCUCCAUCUCUUCCCCCGAGUACCCCGCGGGCCUGCAGGUACCCCAUUCGAGCACCGUUUCGCCCAUGGGCUACGAUGCGACGGCGGAUCACACCGGACAAAACUUUGGCAUGGAGCCGGUGUCUGGGUCCCCGUCCUUGAUCUACUCGAUUGAGGAUACCGAUAUGCCGGGCUCUGCCGAGCUUGCGGAGAGGAAGCGAGGCGACUUUAUGAUGCAGGACUUCCCCGAGCAUGACACCCGCUAUGGUGGUCACCACUUGGGCUCGAUGCAGAAGCCGAAAGCGUACACUUUCGCGAACAACACGACGCCCAGCAAUUACCCCUCUUGA